CGCGCGCUCUAGACGGCGCCGCUUCGAGUCUGAGCGAGGAGGACCCCGCCCUUCCCCGGCGCGCACCUCGGGGCUGCUGAGGUGCAGCUCGAGCCGCCCGUCCUCCCCCGCUCGCCGUCUCCGCCCUCCCCCGCGCCCGCCCCCCCAAGCCAUGAACUUUGGCCGGGGGGGCCCGUCGGUGGUGGUGUUGAACGUGGGGGGCACCCGCUACUCGUUCUCCCGGGAGGUGCUGAAGGACUUCCCCCUGCGCCGCCUGAGCCGCCUGCACGGCUGCCUGUCGGAGCAGGACGUGCUGGAGGUCUGCGACGACUACGACCGCGAGCGCAACGAGUACUUCUUCGACCGGCACUCGGAAGCCUUCGGCUUCAUCAUGCUCUACGUGCGCUACGGCCACCUGCGCUUCGUGCCCCACAUGUGCGAGCUGUCCUUCUACAACGAGAUGAUCUACUGGGGCCUCGAGGCGUCGCACCUCGACUACUGCUGCCAGCGCCGCCUCGACGACCGCAUGUCCGACACCUACACCUCCUACUCGGCCGACGACCUGCAGGCCGCCGAGCCCGCUUCGGGAGCGGCCUGGGGCAGCGGCAGCACCACCGCCAGCAGCAGCCGAGGCGGCGCCGAAGUCGGGGAGGGCGCGGAGCAGGGCAGCGGCCGCGCAGCGCCCCCGCCCGGCGCCGAGAAGAAGUGGCUGGAGAGGAUGAGGAGGACUUUCGAGGAGCCCACCUCUUCCUUGGCCGCGCAGAUCCUGGCCACCGUCUCCAUCCUCUUCGUCAUCGUCUCCAUGGUGGUGCUCUGCGCCAGCACCAUGCCCGAGUGGCGGGCGGCGGAGAACCGAAGCAUGGAGGAGCAAAGCAGGUACACAGCAGACUCACUCAGGGAGCCUUCAGGGAUAAUUGAAGCAAUCUGCAUAGGCUGGUUCACUGCCGAGUGCAUUGUGAGGUUCAUCGUCUCCAAAAACAAGUGCGAGUUUGUCAAGAGACCCCUGAACAUCAUCGACUUGCUGGCAAUAACUCCCUACUACAUCUCUGUGCUGAUGACAGUUUUUACAGGGGAGAAUUCUCAGCUCCAGAGGGCUGGAGUCACCUUGAGGGUCCUGAGAAUGAUGAGGAUUUUUUGGGUGAUUAAGCUUGCCCGCCACUUCAUUGGCCUUCAGACACUUGGCCUGACCCUGAAGCGAUGCUAUAGGGAGAUGGUGAUGCUGCUCGUCUUCGUCUGUGUUGCUAUGGCGAUUUUCAGCGCACUUGCCCAGCUCCUUGAACACGGGCUGAAAUUAGGGAAGCCCAACGAAGGCUACGCCAGCAUCCCGGCUGCUUGCUGGUGGGUGAUCAUCUCUAUGACCACGGUUGGUUAUGGCGACGUAUGCCCCGUCACUGUACCUGGAAGGAUUCUUGGAGGGAUUUGUGUGGUCAGUGGGAUUGUCUUGCUGGCCCUGCCUAUCACUUUCAUCUACCACAGCUUUGUGCAGUGUUACCAUGAGCUCAAGUUCCGGUCUGCUAGGUACAGCAGGAGCCUCUCUGCCGAAUUCCUAAAUUAAUGGAUAGCACAACUGCAUUUCGUAGCAGCACUUAUUAUGUUGAAGGAAUUGACCGGACCCCUCCUUGUUCCUUCCCUCUUCCUGGUGACUGACAAAAGGAGGGGCAAUGCCCUAUGCCCUUAAAGGAAUGCUUUCCCCCUCUCCACCUGCAGGGUGACCACUUUCUCAUCACAGGGAUGAAAGCCAAGCACUCAUUUCCUUAGUCUCAUCGCACACUAGUGUCUCCAGCUUGUUGGACAUUGCAGGCGGUAUGCACUAUUUAGAGUGAAGCACAUGCAUUUAAAAAAAUGUCUUUGAUUUUGAUGUUCUCGUUCAUUUCAAGGUCUGUUUUCAGGAGCACGCACCAUCCAGAGACUCAAGUGCUCAAGCUCGGUGCACCCAAAGUGGGUGGGUGCCUUUUGCAUCAAAUGGCUAGCCGCCGUUGAACUUGGCUGUGGGUGUUGCAAAAGCCAUUUGUGAUUCAGUUUCGGGUGAGAAGGUUCUUCUUUGCAAGGAGAGAAGGUUAGCAGUCCAGUUUCUCCUGAACAAGCCAUUGGGUAUCUCAGUGAAGCUUUCCAUGUUGUAGUGUAAGUUGUGAUUACUGGGAUCCCUUAGAAUGUGGUAUGGGGGGGGGCUUCUUUGUCUCUUUUCCCAAAAAUUGGUUAUUGAGCUGUAAUUCUGACAUACUUAAUGACAACAGGCUGGAGUCAGAGGACUGAAAGUGAUGUGAGACAUCAUUGCUUGUGGAAGUUGUGGUGGACACACUCAUCCUACCGCCAUCUCUCUUUAUUGGGGGUUUCUCCAGCAGCCUCUUUGACCAGAGACAAUAGUGGAUAAAGAAACGGGGAAUGCCAACCUGGUGCCUUCCAAAUGUUGUCAGUCUCUAAUUCCCAAUUCUUGCUAUCUUGGGCAAUAGUCAAGGAUGGUAAGAACUGUAAUGCAACAACACCUGUAAGGCAAUUGGUUGAGGAAGGCUGAUACGAACUAUGAGAAAUUAUUCCUCCGCCCUACUUCCUCCUGCUCUCCCCUGUAAAGGUGCCUGUUUUUCCUCUGUUAACCAAUUGUAAAACUUAAGUGAUAAUCUCCUCUUAACAUUGGCUCUGCUUAGAACAGUGGUUGUCUGGCAGUGUUAAGAAGAACUUUAGGGUUCCCUUAAGAGCUUAUCAAGGGUUUCCCCAGUGAUGAGCUCAGUAAUGGUAGACAAGCCAGGACAUUACUAACAGUCUCCCCCUGCAAUGCAAACAGAUGCUAUUUUGGUGCGUUUUGAGGUUUCAGUUGAGUUGAUGGCAAAGCUCAGCAGGCCUAGUCAGUUCCAGAUGUGAGAAAGCUCACCUUAGAACAUGUCUGUCAGUGAACAUGUUUGUCUCUCACACAGGGCUUCCUCUGCAGAUGAGUCAACGUAGAAAGGGUUUGCUUAAUAUGGAAAGUUUGGAAACCAUUGUGUUCCAAAUGCUUGAAUCAUUACCUAAAAUAAUCAUCAAUUUGCAUGGUAAGAAAAGGGAAUCCUAUACAGAAAGAUCGUUUAUUUGGAGCCCUUUUAUUCCCUCCUCAUUUUAUUAACAAUUGCAGUACAAUAGCCAGAGUGGUGGAGGAGAUAAAGAGAAAGGGCAAAGUAGUAAAACUCCCUGCCUAGCCCUGAAAGUAGCCCUGAAGCAUGUUUCUGCCUCUCAGCCUAGAUUUGCUUACAAGGUAAGUCAUUCAUAGGUCAAGGUGAGAAUAAAAUAAUGCCAUAUGUAGAGAAGGGAAGACCUGGAAAACCCCCAGAAAUUUUUGGGGGAAAACCAGUUUUUUUCUGGAAAAAUGGGGGGGGGAGUGUGUGGAAUAUUCAAACUACAGUGGUACCUCGGCUUACGAAGGCAAUCCAUUCCGUGGCACUCUUCGGAAGUCGAAAAAGCGUUCAUUUUGCGCAUGCGCAGACCGCGCACGGGGCGAAAAUACUUCCGGGUUAGCGGACUUCGGAAGUCAAAACCUUCAGAAGUCGAGGCAUUCAUAAGUUGAGGUACCAUUGUAUAUCAAACUGGGUUUUGUUUUGUUUUUCAAAUUUUCAAAAAGAAAAGAAAAACGGCUUUGGGAAAAGAACGGGGGGAAACCCUGGUUUCCCUCCAUUUCCCUCUGGGGUUUCCCCCCCAGGCCUUCCCAUCUCUAGCCAUAUGUGAGUUCCUUGGAAGAAGUAUAGAAAACAAAUGUGGCAAUAAAGUAAGACACACAGAUCUCCCAGGAAAAUAAUUGAAGUUUCAUACCUGACUUACGGACUAGUUCUCCACACUAUAGUGGCAGGGAAAUAGGGCAAUGGGAAAUCAGAUACAUAACAUACUGAGUUCUGGCCCAGGAACUUCUGACCUACGAGCUUCCAGAUGUGGUUGGACUUCAGUUCCCAUCAUCCCCAACCAUGGUCCAUGCUGGCGGGGGCUGAUGGGAGCUGGAGUCCAAGAGCACCUGUGAGGUUUACAGGUUCCCCUUCCCUAGUCCAUGGUCUAGUCCAGUCUCUGGAAAAACCUCCUCAGACCACCCCCACCAGUUUUUUUAAUCCUUUGACCAAAACUGUCCAUGCCUCCUUUGUUUUCUUUGCCAACCAUGGCUAAUAAGACGAUUUUAUUUUAAAGGAGAGAUUCUUUGGAUCAUGUUGAACCAUGGCCAUCAGCUGUGCCUCAUUGGCAGAUUUGCAGUCUUCAUUUAUAUACAAAUAUAUUGCAAUCAAAUGGGGAUUUGUUAUCCCCAUCUUUGAUAAUGAUCCUUACAGAAGGAAGCCAUUCAGACCUGAUAUACUUCAAUAUGGUUUAUUGAUUGAAAGGACAAAAAAUAAAACACAGCUCCGCUGAUACGGAAAAGGAGCUUUUGAGCUAAAUAUAAGUUGUGCUAUGUAAAAAGCAGUAUGUACUCUCUUGUAAAUGUAGAACCAAAAUAAAGAAAUUCUUGUUCUUUUGUAGUGCUGCUUAAUGGCGCUAUUAAUACGGCUUAGGAAAGCUGCCAUAAUAGACUUACGCUGUUUGAACAUUAAAUAUAGGCACAGUCAAGCCAGGACUGUUUGCUGAGAAACGUCAACAUGGAACUUCUUUGUUUCGUUCAGAGUCUCAGAAUCUGCAUUUUAUCUGAAUUGGUGUGUUCACCUAAAAGCAACACCAUUGUGAAAUGCUUAUUGUGAAUGUGUUUUUGGAACAUCUCUUGCUGUUGCCAUGCGUUCCCAUUUAACAGCGUUAGGAAUUUGGCAGAAACCAGUUUCAAAUUAUUGUUUAUUUUAGAUCUUGAACCGGCUUCCCAUCACUUCAUGCACAGUUUUUAUGUGGUCAGCCAAUAGUGCCAACCUCAGCAUAGCAGCAUACUCCAUCAUGCUGGUAACUCCAAGAGAAGGGUGUGUGUGUGUGUGUGUGUGUGUGUGUGUGUGUGUGUGUGUGUGUGUGUAAGCUGGUAGUUGCUUUCCUCCCCAUGGAGAAUCAAAGUGGCAUGUGAUGUGAGGUUCCGACCAGUCACAGAGAACCCAGGAAGGUUUCAGAUGUAUGUCAGGUACAGGGUGAGCCCAGAAAGGCAUAUAAGAUCAUACUAAUUUGUGAGUGUGAGCCGCUUGCAAGCACCAAAGAAACUGAUCUAAGGGAAGGACCAUAACUCAGUGAGAGGGCACCGGUUUUGCAUGCAGAAGGUACCAGGUUUAAUUCACGGCAUCUCCAGGUAGGGUGGAAACACCCUUGCCUGAAACCCUGGAGAGCCUUUGCCAGUCACUGUAGAGAAGGGUUUU